AUGAGUUUAUAUAUUCUUAUACUUUUUACAACAGCUGUUGUUAUUAACGGACAAUUAAAUUGUUCAACAUAUAAUCCAUGUGGUCGUAAUGGAUAUUGUUUUGAUAUUGAUAAUGGUGAAUGGAGUUGUGAAUGUAAAUUUUGGUGGUCAGGUUCAACGUGUAAGGAUCUAACAAAUAGUGGAGUACAAGUUAUUGUACUUGGUUGUUUAUUAGGAUUACUUGUUAUACUUUUCUAUGGUUUACAAAUUUUUCAUAAAAUCCGACUUAAAAAAAAACAACCAAAAGAAGUUAAAGAAAAAAAAAUUGUAUAUAAUACAACAUUAAUUGAUCUAGCAUUUAAAAAUGCUAGACGAUCAGCUCGUUUAUCAUCGUGCAUAAUCGGUGUUUUAACGAUGAUCUUAGCGGCUAUUGGACUUAUUUCAAAAUGGUCAUUAAUUCAACCAAUACACAAUGAAAUUGUGAAUAAAUAUGAAACAAAUCAAUCACUUUACUAUGUGGAAAAUUCGUUCUGUGAUAAAACGGAUUAUGAUUAUUUUAAUGUUGUUACAUUUCCUAUUUCAUAUCUAUUGAAUGCGAUCGAUUGGCUUUUAUGUUAUAUCGUUGAUAAAUCUAUUCGAAAACUUGAACAAUUAACAGCUACAAAAGAUUUAUCAUCAUUUGAUUUAAAAAAUACUGUACAAGUUUAUCAUCUUCGAACAUUAGCAAUUAUUUAUAUUCAACGUACAGCAAUUAUUCGUUUUUCACAAUUUCUUAAUUUAAAUAAUGAUAUCGAUGAUAAUUGUAAAAUAGUUCUUGAAAAAUUAUUACUCGUACAUAUAUUGAAAUUAUUUGAAGAAUAUUUAACAUUAUUAUAUGAAGGACAUUAUAUACAAAAUAAUGAAAUAAAUCAAUGGAUACAAACACGUUUAUUAGAUUUAUGUUAUGAAUUACGUCAUGAUCUUGUUUCAUUAGUUGAUGUAUUUGCUCCACCUGAUCAUAUACUUAAUUCCGUCUUAGGUAUUAAUAAUGGUCAAGUUUAUAAAGCUAUAAAUAAUAUGAUACACAGUAAUAAACAAACAUUCCUCACACCAUUAUGGUUAAGUAAAGAUCUAUUUGAAAGAAGUAAACUUUAA